CUGUGGCCGGCUGGGAGGAGCCGAGCGGGACUUGUCGCUUCCAGCGUCGUCCCUGCCAGUGGCGGCUCCCCGGGCUCUGCUUUGCUUUGGCCUUUAGUUUCUCUGUCAAUACCGUCUUCCUCCUUUCGCUUCCAUUGUUAACGUUGCCUUUCAGGGGUUGAAAAGCGACAAGUAAAACACCCAACGCCACCGGCUUCUAGCUGAUUCCAGAUCUAAACGGAGACCAAAUGGAAGGUGGAAAGAGUGACUUUCCGUACAGCCCUUCCUGUUCCGCCCAAGUUGGUCACAAUGGCAGGUGAAGAAAUGAAUGAAGAUUAUCCUGUAGAAAUUCAUGAGUCUUUAACAGCCCUGGAGAGCUCCCUGGGUGCUGUGGAUGACAUGCUGAAGACCAUGAUGUCUGUUUCUAGAAACGAGUUGUUGCAGAAGUUGGACCCAUUGGAACAAGCAAAGGUGGAUUUAGUUUCUGCAUACACCUUAAAUUCAAUGUUUUGGGUUUAUUUGGCAACUCAAGGAGUUAAUCCCAAAGAGCAUCCAGUGAAGCAGGAAUUGGAAAGAAUCAGAGUCUACAUGAACAGAGUCAAAGAAAUAACAGACAAGAAGAAGGCUGCCAAGCUGGACCGAGGUGCUGCUUCGAGAUUUGUCAAAAACGCACUCUGGGAACCCAAAGCAAAAAACACACCAAAAGUGGCUAGUAAAGGGAAAAGUAAGCACUAAUGUUUUAGCUUUGAUGUACAUGUUUUCAGAAAGUACAUCCUUUUUAUCAGUUUACAGUGUAGUUAUGUGACCAUGCAGUGUUUCAAUGGAUUCCUUUUUGAAUUCAUGUAUAAAUUUACACAUUAAAUUUGUGAUACUGAAUCUUUUUUUUUCUGAGAAAGAUUAAGUUGUCUUUGUUGAUUUUCAUAUAAAGCAUCAUGAUGUUUUUAAGAUUGUAAGAUACUCUAUAAGCAAUUGUGAAAUCCAAAUGUUCUUUGUAAACAUUUGUAGUGUUUUAAAUGAAUAAUGAUAUUAUGAAGUGUGCUGCUAUCUGUAGACUGGAGUUAUAAGGACAUCUGUUUUCAGUAAUGAUGAGAAAUACAAUGACUUAAAUACCCACUGUGUUUUCUGUUCAGUUAGUUCAACAUGUUUCUGUGAUUUUUUUUUUUUUUUUUUGGAGUAAUUGCUGUCUUGAUAUUCAAAGUGCAAAAUUGAAACCUUAAGGCUGUACUUUAAUUCUUCAUGUUCCAUUUAAAAUAAAAUGUUCUCAUUAACGCUGACGG